AUGGCGACCCAAAUGAGCAAGAAGCGAAAGUUCGUCGCCGACGGAGUGUUCUUCGCCGAGCUGAAUGAAGUUCUCACGAGAGAGCUCGCCGAAGAUGGCUACUCUGGCGUUGAAGUUAGGGUCACACCGAUGCGUACCGAGAUCAUAAUCAGAGCCACUCGUACCCAGAACGUGCUCGGAGAGAAGGGGAGGAGGAUUAGGGAGCUAACCUCAGUGGUACAGAAGAGGUUUAAGUUUCCAGAAAACAGUGUUGAGCUUUAUGCUGAGAAGGUUAACAAUAGAGGGCUUUGCGCUAUUGCCCAAGCUGAGUCUCUCCGUUACAAGCUUCUUGGAGGCCUCGCUGUCCGCAGGGCCUGCUAUGGUGUUUUGAGAUUUGUCAUGGAAAGUGGGGCCAAGGGAUGCGAGGUGAUUGUUAGUGGAAAGCUAAGAGCACAGAGAGCCAAGUCCAUGAAGUUCAAAGAUGGGUACAUGAUUUCUUCUGGUCAGCCAGUUAAUGAAUAUAUCGAUUCUGCUGUGAGGCAUGUUCUCCUCAGACAGGGUGUACUUGGUAUUAAGGUCAAGAUUAUGCUUGAUUGGGAUCCCAAGGGCAAGCAAGGCCCCAUGACCCCCUUACCUGACCUUGUUACAAUCCACCAACCGAAGGAGGAGGAGUAUUUCAGGCCUGCAGUAGCAGCAGCGGCAGCAGCGGCAGCACCUGUUCUGGGCGCAACUGAUAUUGAUGUCCCGCUGGUUGUGGCUUAA